AUGUCACAAGAGCUUCUGGUUGAAGAAAAGCGCUUAACAAAGGCUUCUAUCGCAGAUCUAAUGAUGGCAGACGUUUGGGCCCUGGGUAUGGUUAUCUUUAUGCUGCUUAACCCAAGCCUUAAAAGUCCUUACAUCUUAGAAAUGAGAUCAGAAGGUGUAAGGAAUCAAGAGCAGCUGAAGAAGUUCAUCACGGAACUUUUACGGAAAGAGAAACUACCACAACACGAUGAAAAGUACGACGUCGAUCGUGCUACUGUUUGGUUUGCUUUAGAGGAAGUCUGUCGAGGUUGCCUUAAUUUUAACAGAGACAAACGCUUCUCCCUACAAGAGGCAGCCCAUCUAUUAGCUAGGCGUCAGGAGAGAUUUUCAAUGGACUUUCAGGUCAUUAACCUUAGGGUUAGCCAGGCAACCGCUCUUGAGCAGUUUGAUCAAAAGGCGGCUGAAGAGCUCCAAGAGCAGGCGAAGUCCUUACAAUCCAACAAGAUGCCCAUAAACAAUGGAACCAACGCGUACGCAUUCCUGUGCAUUGGUGUUGCAGAAAACAUUCUCCAGGAAAUCAAAACCAAAAUCUUCUUCGAAAAUUUGCCGACAGCCGUGGAAUCCAUCAUAUGGUCAUUACCAGAGAAAAUAAACGAACACCACGACCUGGGAAAGUACUACAAUGCCCUAGAAGCAUAUGAAAUUCUUCGACGUCGAGAAUUAAUCAAAUCUCCGUUAGAAUUCUUUGAGGAACUACCAUACGCAUACGGUGCUUUUACGAAAGAAGGACGAGAAAAACUGUUUUCAAAGCUUUGUUCUUGGUGCUGAUUGCUUCGUUGCAGUUUACACGAGUGAUCCACUUGUCAUGACUAUUGGGUGUCAUAACAGCAAACCUUACGUCAUCGAUACACAUCCAAUUGCACCACCAGCAGGGAAUGGAAAUGGUCCUGUUCUAGUAGGUAACAACAACACCCCCGAGGUUUGGAUGUCUAUCUGUGUGUGGCUCUGGCAAAGACUACACCACGGCGGAGAUAGUCCCACCAUCUUCACAUGUGAAAAUAACAUGUUAUUUUCGCGUGUGAAGAUAUGUUUUCGCGUGAAAGCUCACCUGGUAUUUCACUGCUGUUUAUAUAAUAAAUAUAUUUAUUUUUCCACUGUUGCGCCAUUUCAUCAUACUUUGGUCAAGAGAACGCGCAAAAUCUAUAUAUCGUUUUAGACGUUUUGGCUGAGUAUUUUUACGAGUCAUGCUGUAUUUUUUUUAUUUUAAGGCUGCGAUAGUACGCGCGGUCUGAUUGGUUAAUUAUUGGUUCGUAAUUUCCCGGUAAACGACCACGGGCAUUACAGAUUUUUCCCGCCACGGUUUUGUUUAAAAAAACAUAGCGAGCUUAGUGACUUGAAUCGCUGAAAGAAACUUCUUAAAAAGUAGGAAAAUCAACAAUACACAUAUCUCUUUAUUUUCAGCUUGCAUUUCUUUCGAAAAUCUUGAAAGAAAGUUUUGUUUAACACGUACACUCCCGCUAUAUUUUGCUGCGUUUUGGCGAAUUCUGUGAAGAGUAACCGUUGCUGUAACUGUAAAAUGUCAACAACAUAAAACAACAGCGACGGUGUUAUAAAACGGCAAAGAAAGGUCUUAAAGUUUGAUGCGUGCGCAAUAAUAAUAAUAAUGUGAUUUGUAACUUUAAGGCACGGCUCUUAGACCACUGUUUAGUGAUAAGGAUUUCCGUUGGUAAAUAACGUUUCUAUCUAUCUAUCUAUCUAUCUAUCUAUCUAUCUAUCUAGCUAGCUAGCUAGCUAUCUAUCUAUCUAAAAACCCAACAAAGUGUAGCAAUGCUUAAUGUCAUUUCCUAAUCAAUAAAUUGGUUUAACCGGGAAGUAAAAUACAAUACAAGAAUACUGGAAUAAUAAAUCCCUUAUUAGAUGGAUUAAGAAAUAAUACGUGCGGUCAUUUUGCUCGUUGCUCGCAAAAUAUCUGCGCGUAUUAUGUUUUAAACUAUCCAUUGAGGUGUAUAUAUUUAUCCCAAGCCUUGAUCAAUACAGCCAAAAAGCUUAGUAGACUGCUUUAAGUCUGUUUAUCUCUUGAAUCUUAAAAAAUGCGAUCUCAGUUUUGAUUAUGCAGAAUUAGUUCACCAAAAUAACUCAAUUACACCCUGUUUGUAAAGUGUUUCUAAACCAGGAACCGAAGGACUGUUUACCACUGGUGAUGAAGCAAACAAGGAACCCGAGGUAGGAAUGUACUGAAGAAGUAUUUAGAAGUAACGCACUUAAAGAUAUACAUGAAAAAAUUACUUAAUUGAUUGGCUAAAAAAGGAGUGCAGCUUUCCUGUAACACCAGUGCAAAAAUGUGUUACACCAGUACAAAAAUGUGUAACACCAGUGCAAACUACAAAGUAAUCACAUGACCAUAUCAUGGGCUCGGGUACAGCUAACUGCAAUUUUCUUAAGCGAAUAAAUGUCUUUUUUUAGCAAACCAAGAAAAGACAGAUGAACUCUUCCGCCCAAAGACAAAAAGAAACCGAAGAAAGGAACGACGAAAGACCUUCAGGAGGCGAAAAGGUAAAUGUUAAAGAUAACGUUGUCCUGAGUUUUCUACAAGUGCUUUGAUAGAUGGAGAGGAAAGUGAAAGAACUCAGAGAUAACUGAACUUAUCUACGCAGUGCAAUAUCCAGUGUGAGUUCUUUUAACACUUUGAAGACUAUUCUACAGCAAGAAAAUUCUACUCAACUACAGAAGCAGCAAACGUUCUAAACUUUCUCUAUAGCUGCACUUUUUUCAAGCCAAUUAAUGUCUACUUUUUUAGAAAACCAAGCAGAGAGGUGCAUGCUGCCGCCCAAAGACAAAAGGAAUCCGAAAAAAGGAACGAGGAAGGACCUUCAGGAGGUGAAAAAAAAGGAUAAAGUUAAAGAUACUCGUUGUCCUAACACUUUUUUCAGAAGUCCAACUUCGCAAAUAGAUGGUUAGAGAUGAAUUUGAAAAAAAUUGGAGAUAACUGACUAUACCUACAACGUUGUGAAAAUCCCCAUAGAUGGUUGACUGCAGUGUAAAUAUUUAAACACAUGCAGUGUAAAUAUUUAAACACAUGCAAGACCACGUAACCCUUUUAUCCGACUUGAUAAUUCUACCAAACAACUACACAAGUGGUAAACCACAUAAACUUUCUCUAAUUGCAUUUUUCUCAAGAGAAUGUCUUCUUUUCAGCAAACCGGGCAAAGAGAGAAGGACGCUUCCGCCCAAAGACAAAAGGAAACCGAAAAAAGGAGAGACGAAAGACCUUUAGGAGGCGAAAAGGUAAAGGUUAAAAGAUAGAUGGAGAUGAAAGUGAAAAAAACUCAGAGAUAACUGACCAUACCUCCACAUUGCAAUCUCCAGUGUGAGUUCUUCAGCACGUUCAAGACAACGUGACCCUUUCUCAACGUAGAUAAUUAUCCCAAACAAUUACACCAAUAGAAAAUGAUAUAAAUGUUCUCUAACUGCAAUUUUCUCAAGCGAAUUAAUGUCCUUUUUUCAGCAAACCAAGCAAAGACAGAUGGACUCUGCCGCCCAAAGACAAAAAGAAUCCGAAAAAAGGAACGACAAAAGACCUUCAGGAGGCAAAAAAGGUAAAACUAAAAGAAAACGUUGUUUUGAGUCGUUUUUUCCAGUGCUUCGAUGGCUAGGCUACAAAAUGGCGUCUGCCAUGCCUGAUCCGAACAAAAACAUGAUUAAUUUCAUUUUAUUGUGGUAAGCAUAAUCUAUAAAGGCCUAACCACGGAACCCUUUCUCCGGCUAGAUGAUUAUAUGAAGCAACUACUCAAAUAGCAGAGGAUAUAAACUUUUUUCUAACUGCAAUUUAGCAAAUGCAUUUCUCUAUUCUUUUUCAGCAAACCAAGAGAAGAGAAAUAGAGAGUAAUGGUAAGAGAGACGAAGAAAACCGAAAAAGCCAAGAUGAAAGCCCUUCAUGUAGCGAAAAGGUAUAUAAACUAAAUACAGACAUCCAAGCAGACAAACAAGUAGGCAGCUAGUCUGAGGGGUACUUCGGUGGGUCGGUAAGUAGGCAGGCAGGCUAACAGGAAAGUGUGUAGGUAUGUAGUAGGUAUGUAGUAGGUACGUAGGUAGGUAGGUAGGUAGGUAGGUUAAAGCUAUUAGGUAGUUAGGAAAGAAAUCAUCGAGUAGAUGUUUGGGAGGGACUUUAAAUGUUCGUAGCGUUCAAUUGCAAAAAUGGCAAUUGCCAAAACUGGUAUUUGAAAGAGAGGAAAUAUGCAAGAGAUUUGUAAGAGAAUGUUAUAAGAAUAGUACUGGGCAACAAAAGAACAAGUUGGGAGACUCCCAGGAUGUUCUUUUCUUAAAUAUCUUAGGACGACAUAAGACAGGUAGAGCUCAACUUUGACAUAAAUAAACAGUUUGGCAGGAACUUUGCACGCAACGUUUGACAGGCUAAAGAUGUAAUUAUUCAAUGUCUUUUUAUUUAGAGGCGACAUGAUGAUUUGUUUACGGUGGAUUCGCGUUCCUCAGAGCAAUAUAUGGCAGGUGCCUGUGACUCUGAAAACAGCGACGAUAACACGACAUCUUCCUCCGAUGAGGUAUGGUAAAUUUCUUAAUUGGCAACUUAUGAAGUCUUUCUUGUAGUGUAGUGAAAGCACUUUAAUCUGGUAUAUUGUUAGCUGGACUACGGAGAUGCUCUGCCUUCCAUAUCUGAGGCGAAUUUUCACGAAGAUUUUUGAAGGUGAACCCGACGUUCAGAGAUCAACUCGCCUUUAACCAUUCCCGUAUUUGGCAUGAUUAAUUUUAAAUACUUUGCUGUUGAUUUAUAUACUGUAAGCCUCUCCUAAGUCAAAAGAUCGAAUGCACGCCAGAAUAAUUACUCUCGCGUUAGUAAUUGGUCGAAAUCAUAGCCUGUAUUUUGCGAGCGAGCACCGGGAAUAGAGUUUUAGAUAAAUAUAUUAGAAAACUUUUUAAAUGAAAACGAUGCUAUUUGUUUCCUUUUGAAACAAUGAUAAUAUUGUUUGAACAACAGACAUUUUGAAUUUGCUAGAAAAGAGGCAUUUAAACUCCAGGGUCUGUAGACCUGCUUUGGUCAAGUUGUUUGCAACUGUGUUUGGAGUGAAGGUCUAAACUGAACCGUUUAAUAAUGUUAUUUUAUGCAUUCAGCACCAAGUCCAGGAUAACAUGUACUAACACAGAGGACGACGUCAAAGAGCUAUUGAAGUACACACGCGACAAGGGUGACCUGCUUCUACACCACGCCGACUUCCCUGAAGAUCGAUGGGCAUUUGGGACUUCCACCAUGUGCUCUGACCUGUUGAAGUACACGACUUCCGAUCUGCUGUCUUACCCGUUUUGUGUGGACCCAACGUUCAAAAUGGGAGGAUUUGAGGUAACUCCUGUGGUAUACAAGUACCUUCUUUUAAGAUCUAAAAGGACAAAAGAGAGUCCUGUUUUCUUAGGCCCUACCAUGAUUCACCACAAGAAGACUUAUGAAGCCUACAGAACUUUGGCAGCAACAUGUGCUGCAAAAUGCAAGGCGCUGUCAAAAGCUAAAGGUUUCAUAACUGAUGGCGAGGAAGCCCUUUCUAGAGCCUUUGAAGACGAGCUGAAAAACACAAGAAGUUUACGUUGUUUCAAACACUUUGAAACAAACUGCAAAGAACGUUUCUUCAUGCAACGCGUAUUUGGGGUUCCUGAAAAAGAGGACGGCAUUCUAGAUGCAGCUGACAGAGAGGAUUUGCGAAAACGCUUGGACUCUGCAAAGACUGCAGUUGAAAAAAGAGAGAGGGAGGUGCUCAAGAGGAAAGACGAGACAUUUAGGCCUAAGUUUUGGUCGUAUCUCAACGAACGGUUCGGGAUGAUGGCUAGCCACAUGGUGGCAAGUAUUCACAAUGAAGCUGGAAUGGUGUUGGGAGACAACGGCAAACCAGUGCGUUGUUAUACGAAUAAUUCGGAAUCCAUGAAUAACGUCACGCGAGCUGCAAAAGAAACGUACCUAAAGGGAAAUCCAUGUGUAUCACAGCUGAACAAGUUCCAGUUUACGAAGAAUGUGUUCGAGGUUGUGUAUGCCCACCAGAUGGAAGAAACCAGAAAGAUGUGCCGUGGCUGGAGUUGGAAACCAUUGAUAUUGACGCAGAAUUUAGGCCCUUAG